AGGGAAAGAACUGGUCACCGGGUCUGGGAGCCAGGGCACCCAAGUGCAGCCGUAGCUCCUGCUAGUGAUUUACGCGCCGGUACUGGCUGGUGGUCUGUGAGGCUCGCUCUACGGAGAGGGGAGACACUGGGACUAAGGAUAGCUCUGGGUCAUGAUUCUCAUGGAGGACCCUGAGAUUUCUGCACUCCAAGCAAUGUCAGAUGUCACUGGACCAGUCUUGAGACCCUUGCUCUAGAUGAUGGCCAAGGGGCUCCUUGUGACCUAUGCCCUCUGGGCUGUGGGGGGCCCUGCUGGGCUCCAGCACCUGUACUUGGGACGGGACAGCCAUGCCCUGCUCUGGAUGCUUACCCUAGGUGGUGGUGGGCUGGGCUGGCUCUGGGAGUUCUGGAAGCUCCCAAGCUUUGUAGCUCAGGCCAACAGAGCGCAGGGGCAGAGAAAGAGUCCAAGAAGGGAAACAUCCCCUCUGAGUUCUGUUCGUUUUGUCACCCAGAUUAUAGUGGGCAUCUAUUUUGGCCUUGUGGCCCUGAUUAGCCUUUCUUCCAUGACCUACUUCUACAUUGUAGGCCUCCCAUUGGCAGUUGGCUUAGGGGUCUUGCUGGUGGCUGCUGUUGGUGACCAGACCUCAGACUUUAAGAACACUCUAGGGGUGGCAUUUUUUACUUCUCUUAUCUUCUAUGGCCACCCCAUAGCCAUUCUGCUCAUCAGCUUGACUGCCAGCAUUACAGCCCAGAAACAUCGCCGCUACAAAUCUUUAGUAGGGUCAGAGACGCUCGGUGUGCGGCUCUACCGGCUGGUCUUGGCUUAUCUUGCUGUCACCGGCCCACUAGCCUACAGCACCUUCUGCAACACAGCUGCUACCCUCAGCUAUGUAGCAGAAACCCUUGGUUCCCUCUUGAGUUGGUUUAGCUUCUUCCCCCUUCUUGGUCGCCUCAUGGAGUCCGUCUUCCUUCUGCCUUAUUGGGUCUAGAGGCUGCUGGUGGGGGAUCUUGACUUCAGCAGUGGCUAUUUCCAGGAGUGGGAGAAGCUCUACGAGUUUGUUCAUGGUUUUCAGGAUGAAAAGCAGCAGUUGGUUUACCAGGUUCUGGACCUCUCUGAGGGGGCAACAAAUGAAGAAAUACAUCGGAGUUACCAGGAACUAGUGAAGACCUGGCACCCUGACCCUAACCGGGAUCAGACAGAGGAGGCACAGAGGCACUUCCUGGAGAUCCAGGCUGUGUAUGGAGUCCUGAGUCAACCCAGGAAGCCUAGGGGACCCCAGAAAUGAGAAGACACUUCCUCCUGAGGAUGGACUCUUCCUGGCAGAGCUGAGUAGCUUGUCCCAAUCUUGAUAUGCACACGCUAGGCAUCCCAACAGUAUUAAAGAGGCUGUCUGCUUGCAGUGGAGAUGAGAACAUCUAAAGGGGUGAGAAAGAUUGUGGUGGAAGAAUGUGUUUAUGUUCUGAAUUUCCAAAUUCUUGACUAUUAUAUUCUUGACUCUUUGGUUUUUUUUUUUAACCAGAAGGUGAAAAAGCACAUUAUACAAUCAGUAAAAUAUCUGUUAGAGAAUAGGCUACCUUAUCCCACCCCUCAUAUAUUUAUGUGUGUGUGUGUGGGGGGAGGUUAUUUAACAAUGAUUUUUCUUUUUAAAUGUGCAAAGCACUGACUGGUUAGGAGAUUGAAGGGAAAAUAUUAAAGUUCUAAUAAAAAGAUACUUGAUCUGUUUUGUAGGUUACUGACAGGUAAG